AUGGAGUCUGCCAGGGAGCUGGUUGAAAGGCCAGUCCCUCACUUGACUCAAAGUCGUGGCACUACGAACGUCUCUAUCUCAGGAGAGGAUAUCUCAGCUCGUUUUCUCCAUGAGUGGAUUGGCUUUCCCAGUCAGGUGCUGACAUUGUGCAACACGUUGAGUCUCGAUGCCAAUGUCUCUGUGACUGACGACUCCGACAUGAAUGAGCACUACCAUGUUGGCAAUGAGUUGGGACUUACUGGAAGAUUCAACAAACACGUCUGCGACCCAGUGGCCAAGGUCCUUUCCGUGACGGAGCACGCUCACCUUACCUUUGGGGAUUUUCAAGCGGCUGUUCACACGCAAUGUAGCGACGUACCUGACGUUGUCGUGCUUUCUGCACCGAGAUUAAACGUCAUAACCGUCGGGGGACUCAAACCCUUUUGGACGGUUUUGCUAGAGGACUAUCCAGUUAAUAGAGGCCCGGCGAGAAUAGCCCCAAUGCAGCCGCAUUUCGGUCAAUUGGUGUCCUACAUGCGGACUAACGAACUGAAAUACGGCUUCCUUUCUACCUAUCGCAGCACCGUGUUUGUUCGCAGGACUAGCGAUUUUCGAUUUGAGUUGUCUCUGCCCAUCGAUGAAAAAGCAACGAACCCAUCCCUCCGCCAGUGUUUCGUUGCGCUUUGUCUUCUCGCUUCUCAGGACGGCAAAUACAAAGAGGCACCGGACUUCAAUCCCGCCCGCUUGAAAAUCCCUUUCGAACCAUUCGUUCAAGCCUCUAUGCGACCAUCUCCCUUUCGUAAUGAAGUGGCCACGAAAACUAACACUCCACGAGAAGCCAUGGGAUCUGAGUCGAUCCUCUUCGGAGGCGAAGAUGGGGUGGCCCAGGAAUGGGUCAACUGCCAUCGGCUAAUCAAAGGAUCUCAUACCAAAGCACUCUAUGAGGUUACCUGGAAUGGUCAGCCCGCUAUUGCGAAAUGUUGGUCAAACGCACGUCACCAAGGAUAUGUACACGAGGUCAGCACAUACGAAAGGUUGUACCAGCUGAGGCCAGCAGGCUUCGAGUUUUUCGCCCCUCUUCAGACUCACGGGAAAAUCGUCUGCUCCUCGAUAUUCCCCAAAGGACACAUCAUGAUAAUCAAGAAAGUCCAAGGCGAGCCCUUGGACCGUCAGUGGGACCUCCUCUCUUCGGAUCACCGGGACCAUAUACGCGCGACUAUCCACAAGGCCGUCGAGGUGUUGAGACACAUUGGGUACCUAUCAGUUGAUUCGGGAAAACACAAUGUCCUCUACUCACCAGGCACCCGGACUGUAACCAUGGUGGAUUUCGAGCUGAUGCAGAAGUGCGAUGAGAGCACGAUGAGCGCGGAACUCCCAGAGAUGCAUGCUAUCUUCGGAAAGCCGCCCGCAUCCGGUUCUCAGCGCCAUCUGGGUGGUUAA